CGAGUAGUUGAAGCUUGUGCGACCGAGGGGAACGGUAAUGAAUAUGGCGUUUUUUUGAGAGACAACGUUACGUACGUGAAUCGUUUGCGGUUUAAUAAGUGUGAUUUUCUUGUGAUAGUUUCGAAACGCCGAAAUGGGAAGUUCGGAUUUGGAAUGCAUUGAUCCGAAAACUGAUUCGAUGGAUGAAUCUGACGUAGCAGUAUUGGGCGAAAUGAAAAAAAAGAAAAAGAGGAAGCACAAACAUCACAAGCACAAGAAGGAUAAAACUGUGGAAAAAGAGGAAAGGAUUGAAAGGCAAGAAAGAAAGAAACAUAAAAAGCACAAACGGCCAAAAAAGGGGAGGGAUAAUGAAAAUGGUUCCGUUGAAGAAAAGCUGCUCCCAGUUGACGUCAAAUCAUCCAACAUCCAUAAAAAUUCAAAUGUUCCUAAAGGGACCAACAUGAAUGGCAAAGUGCAAGCUUCGCAACUUGAGGUUGUUUCCUCUGAGGAAAGUGAGGAUGAAAAAUUGAUCGACUUGGAUUCGGAUGAAGUUGACUGUACUAUUAUCGAAGACGACAUUGAUCUUGAGGAAUUAAUGAAACAGAAGGAAAGACUUCAGGCAUGUCUAGUGCAAUAUUUAUCUGACGAUUCUGAGAAAGAGGGUAAAGCCCAACAGCAGGAAAGUGCGAUGAAAGUGGCUGAAACACCCGACGUAAUUCUAGUCGAAGAUGAUAGCGAGGAUAGCAUAAGCCGUAAGAAGCGUCCAAGGAGUAGAUCGGAAAGUAGAGAGAGAAAACGAGUGCCCUCUUCGAAACUUGAGAGACGUGUAGUUGUUGAUAUGUCCCGAGACAGGCGCGGUCGCGAGGAGGUGAAGGACAAAAGACGAGAUGCCGAACGCAAACGAGAUGACAAAGUCAGGGGUAGAGACGAACCAAGGCGGGAAGAGAGGACGUCAAGGAAGACAACUGAACGGGCUAAAGAGGAUGCAAGGCGUGAGGAGUCGCGCAGGAGACUGGAUGACGAGAGGCGAAAAGAGAUGCUCAAAAAGGAGGAAGAGCGCAAGAGAGAUCAUGAACGAAGGGAAGAAGAGCGCAAACGUGAUUCGGAUAGGUACGCUACAAGACGAGAACCUUCACCUCGCAAUGGAUCCAAGUCCAGGGACGUAAGGUCAGACUCGAGACACCGUACAAUAAAAUCAGACAAUCAUGAUACCUCAGGUGGUAGGGAUCGGUUCUCUGGGCGGGAGAAGAGGGAUAGUCGAGAAGGUCAGUCGAAUCGUGACCAUCAACUGAAUAGGGAGAGACAAGGAAGUCGGGAAAGGAGAGACAGCAGAAAUCGUGAGAGAAUACGUGACAGGUCGAAGAGUAACAGAAGGUCUAGAAGUCCUAUGAGAAACAGGAAUGACAGGAAUGACAGGAAUGACAGGAAUGACAGGAAUGACAGAAACGAUAGAAAUGAGAGAAAUGAGAGAAAUGACAGAAAUGACAGGAAUGACAGAAACGACAGAGAUCGCCUGGACCGUCAUCGAAGGUCUAGAUCUAUCUCUAGAAGUCGUAGAGAUCGAGACAGAUAUGGACGAGAUGGCGAGAGGGAGAGAGACAAGAAUGGCAAGCGAGACAAAAAUGACAAAUACAAAGACUCCUUGUCCGAGGGUUUGAAGGUAGAACAUUCGGAGAGUUCCAGCGAAGAGGAUAUCAAAGACAUUGAUAUCGAAGAAGAGGAAGAUGAAGAGGCAAUUAUCGAACGGCGAAGAAAGCAGCGAGAAGAACUCCUGAAAAGGCUAGGAGGGCCAAGUGAAGAUUCAAAUCUCUCAAUGGAUUUGAACACAGUAGUUAGCUCACCACCGUCAGACAACGUGUCAGUUGAGUCCCACAAAUCGGUAGAUAUUAUUUCAAACAACAAUGAGUCGAACUCAGAAAGCCACACUCCGCCAUUACCAGAGAAGCCAAAAUCACCUCAACAAUCUAUGAAAAAGCGAAAAUCCAGAUUUAACACUGUCGAUGGUGAAAAUAAAGAGGAACAGGAGGAGAUCAAACCUACGGAGAAAACAAAAUCUGAUGAGAAACAAAAUCCUAAAAAAAGUAACGAGUGGGACAUGUUUGCAGAAGCGGACAAUAUUGGCGAUUUUAACAGUCCUACAGUAGAAGGCAAGAGGCCUGGUGGACCAGAUAAUCCAAGUUUAACAGACAAUUGGGAUGAUGCCGAAGGAUAUUACAGAGUACGAGUUGGGGAAACACUGGACUCUCGCUAUAUAGUAUAUGGCUAUACCGGUCAAGGUGUCUUCAGUAAUGUUGUCAGAGCGAGGGAUUCUGCUAGAGGGAAUCUGGACGUGGCUGUAAAGAUAAUCAGAAAUAACGAAAUAAUGCACAAGACAGGUCUUAAGGAGUUGGAAAUUCUGCGGAAGCUUAAUGACGCGGAUCCCGAGGAUCGAUUUCACUGUCUGCGUCUCUUCAGACAUUUUUUCCAUAAAAAUCAUUUGUGUAUGGUAUUUGAGCCUCUGGCUAUGAAUUUGAGAGAGGUAUUGAAGAAGUAUGGAAAAGACGUUGGUCUUCACGUAAAAGCGGUGAGAUCGUACACCCAACAGUUAUUUUUAGCAUUGAAACUCUUGAAGCGUGCUAAUAUAUUACAUGCUGAUAUCAAACCAGAUAAUAUUCUAGUCAGUGAAAGUAAAUUGGUGCUAAAACUUUGCGAUUUUGGUUCAGCUUCGCAUGCCCACGAAAAUGAAAUAACGCCUUACCUCGUGUCAAGGUUCUACCGAGCACCGGAAAUAAUUCUUGGUAUACCGUAUGAUUUCGGGAUUGAUAUGUGGUCCGUUGGUUGCACCAUUUACGAACUCUAUACGGGCAAAAUAAUGUUCUCGGGAAAAACGAAUAAUCAGAUGUUGAAGUUUUUUAUGGAUCUGAAGGGAAAAAUGCCCAACAAACUUAUAAGAAAAGGUACCUUCAAGGAUCAGCACUUUGACGCGAACUGCAACUUUCUUUAUCACGAAGUUGACAAGGUUACGGAAAGGGAAAAAGUUGUAAUAAUGUCGACACUUUCCGCCAGCCGUGAUCUUGGCACCGAAUUGGGAGGUAAUUCCCUGCCACCUGAACAAAGUCGUAAAGUCGGCCAACUAAGGGACCUGUUGGAGCGUACACUGAUGCUGGAUGCUGGAAAACGCAUAACCGUGAACCACGCGUUGGCUCAUCCUUUUAUACAAGAGAAAAUCUAGGUAACCUCACGUGUGGGGACCUUUCUCGACGGAGAUUUAAUUAAAAAGUUGAUUGAAAAUCUUUAUUAUUCACUGCUACAACUGAUAAUCAGUAGGAGAAGAAAAAACGUGGAAUAUCGAUUACCCUACUUUGUAGUAAUGGCACUCGUUUUUAAAAACGAGAUAAAUAAUUAUAUAUUCCGAUGUAAAAUCAUUUACAUUUUUUUUUCUUCUUUGUGAAAAUAGGUGGAACCGGACGUUGCUAUUUUUAAACGGUUUUCGUAAAAUUGUUCGCGGUGUUUUCACAAUUUCAGAAUAAUGUUGUACAAUUAUUAUUUACCGUAAGUUACAUGACGAGGCAGGUGAUGAGGGAUUCUAUUCCCGUUAAUAUUUAGAGAUUACUAUAAUAAAGUCUUUAACUCUUGCAUCCGUAUAGCCAAUUAUUUUCACUUGGUCGUUUGUGCAAUGAUUAACAAAUCGACAGAUUUACAAGUUUGUACAAGAUGUGGUUCAUAUAUACACUUUACGUACAACUAUCAAGUUGGAAUAUUUUUCUUUUCUGUUUAAUAUCAAUUGACGACGAAUAAUUUCUUCCGUUGGAUGCAAACACAAUGAUACCCUCAUUGUCUAAACCCGUUGACUGAGGUAUGGAAAUAUUUUCGUAUUCUGAGAGGACAAAGUAUGUGAAUACGGGAGCACUCUAGAAUUCCUAUUCUCUAGAUUAGACUGCAACUGUAAAUGUACCAUACUCUGGAAUGAAUAUUUUAUUCACAAUUGAGAGAACGUAUAAGAGAUGUGAAGAAAGUCUACAUUAUUAACCAGAGGGAAGGUAGUAUAGUUCAGGUUUCCGCACGUAGACUCUAAUGAUAGUGCGCAGAGUAUUCGGAAAGAAAUUGAAUUUUUUUAUAUAAAAUUGAUCGAAAUUUUUAUCCAUUUCUAUGAAAUGUUGAACAUGAUACAUAGUGUAAUUUUUACAUAGAAAAUUGUUUUUUCAGAUCGUAAAAUCUCGUGCAAGUUCCACCUAAUAGUGUCUACAUAAAUCAUGUACAAUAUACCUAUAACUGAAUAAUAUUUUCGUGCCGUUUACAUACUUUAUUUAUUUAAAAGAAUGUAGUGGAAAGAAUGAGGGACAAAGAAGUUAAAAAAUUCUCUGAUGCAAUACAGAGGUUCUGUAAUAUGAGCCGCAUAUUUUCAACUUUUACUUCAUUCGAAUUAAUUUCUUAAUUUUUUUUUUUUUUAACUUAUUUUUUUAAACCAAUGACUAUAAUAUGUUUCUAUUUCGAGCAUUAGCGGUGAAUUUUGGUGUACUAACAAUACAUUGUAUAGUAAGUAGUACUGUAGUUGAAAUAAAAAAGAAGAAAAUUAUAUAUACAUACAUAAAUACAUACAUAUUUGAAACAGAAAAAUAUAAUUAAGAUCGUAAUGACCUGCAUUUUAAUUUCAAUAGAAUGAAAUUAAUCGUUACUACCUUACUUUGUUAUCUAAAGGAACUAAAAAUUUGACUUUGUUUUAUACUACUUAAUUAAUCUUUUGCACAUCUUUUCUUCAAACAGAGAGGUUUAAAUUAGUAUCGAAGCUUUUUCAUAAUAAGCUGUUAUAUUUAGUUUAUACCUCUCAGUUAAAACAUUAUCUAAACAGCACUGAUGCCGGUCGAUCAAAUUGGAUUAUCGAAUCUAUUUAUAAUUGUAUUAAUUGUAUGAUCGUAGACCUUGUCAAUCUGAGAAGAGCAAAACAGAAAGUUAUUCAACAUAAUUGCAUUUACUGUCAGUGCUGCUAUUAAUUGCACCCAUGAGAACAAAAGCAUAUA